AUGCAGCGCGACCCGGAGGGCUACGUGCGAAAGGUGGCGGGUUUCAGAAUGUCACUGGACCUGCACUCUGCACGCCGGCACUUCGCAGUCACACGCCAUGGGUAUAUUGCGCUCGUGCCUCAGGGAAGCAGGGAUGGCGAUGUCGUUGUAAUUCUGGACGGAGCGCAGGUUCCGUCCGUCUUACGCCGGUGCGAGGAUAACGACGAGACAACCAAAGAGAAAGAGGAGAAAAUCGGUGUGGAUGGUGAGGACACGAGGCAGAGAAAUGUCGAUGAGGAAAAAGCGCUCUCGUACCGAUUUGUGGGAGAGUGCUAUGUACAUGGAGUCAUGAACGGAGAAUUGAUUGCGACGACUCGGAUGCUAGGUCUGAGAACUUCGUCUUGA